AUGUCGAAUUCUAUGAAGACAAUUUCCCAUUUCAAAACUCUAUCCUAUUCAGAACCUAUCAAUGAUAACUUAGACUAUCCUCCUUCGUUUGAUUUUCAAUUGCCAGUAGAAUCUGAUCCAGAAACUAAUAGAAACAUAGAAACCUCAGAGAGUAAUCAGCCUAGUCCUGAACCUGCAGCUCAACCUGAAUCCCUCAAUGACUCUUAUGUUCCUCGAAGGUCUGAAAGAAACAAGAAAACACCUACUUAUUUGCAGGAUUUUAUUUGCCAACAAGCUGCCUUGCUCACCCAUUCUCAAAAGUUUGAAAAGGAGAAAGGAACUAUGGCUUCAGGUACCCCUUUCCCUCUAUGUGCAACAAUUUCAUAUCACAAAUUAUCUAAACAUCAUAAGGUUUUCGCAUCAUCCAUUCUUGUGCACCCUGAACCAAAAACUUAUCAGGAAGCUGCCAAAAUCCCUGAGUGGUGCAAGGCUAUGAAGGAUGAGAUAUGUGCUCUUGAGUUAAAUAAAACCUGGACCGUGAUCGACUUGCCAUCUGGGAAGGUUCCUAUAGGAUGUAGGUGGGUUUACAAGAUCAAAUUUAAUGCUGAUGGAACCAUUGAAAGGCAUAAAGCAACGCUCGUGGCAAAGGGAUAUACUCAGUUAGAAGGAGUUGAUUAUCACGAGACCUUUUCUCCUGUGGCGAAGUUGGUAACAGUAAGGACAUUGAUAGCCGUAGCAGCUGCAAGAGGAUGGUAUUUACAUCAAUUUGAUGUAAAUAAUGCUUUCUUACAUGGAAAUCAAGAAGAUGAAGUGUAUAUGGAAAUCCCCCCUAGAUACUCAGCUGAUCAGACUUCAGAACCUCACAACAAUGAAACGUUAAAGGUCUGUAAGCUCAAUAAAAGUUUGUAUGGCUUGAAACAAGCAUCUCGCCAGUGCUACUCCAAGCUGUCUUUCUUCAUCAUUGAGCAAGGUUUCCAACAAUCUAAGGCAGAUUAUAGCUUAUUCACCGGAAGCACAGGUGAUUCGUUCACUGCCAUACUUGUUUAUGUCGAUGACAUAAUAAUUGCUGGAAGUAACGUGAAGAUAAUUAAUUCUCUUAAGGAUCUCCUUGAUGCAAAAUUCAAAAUUAAGGAUCUAGGAAAUCUAAAAUAUUUUCUUGGAAUAGAAGUUGCUAGAUCAAAUAAAGGCAUUCAAAUCUGUCAAAGAAAGUAUGCACUAGAUAUCCUAUCAGAUUCAGGAACGAUUGGAGUCACUCCGGCCAAAAUUCCAUUCGAUCAAAAUGCCAAAUUGUCUAAAGAUGAAGGGGAAGUGUUCUCUGAUCCAGCCUCAUACAGAAGACUAGUUGGCAGGUUGCUUUAUCUGACUAUCACCAGGCCUGACUUAUCAUACUCUGUACACCUGCUAAGUCGGUAUAUGCAAGCUCCUAGAACAACGCAUAUGAAUGCUGCACACAAGAUACUUAUAAAGAAAGCACCAGGCUUGGGACUAUUCUUCUCCUCAACUUCAGAUUUGCAGCUCAAAGCUUAUACUGAUUCAGACUGGGGAGGAUGUCCAGAUUCUAGAAAAUCGAUAACAAGUUACUGUGUCUUCAUUAGGCCUUCACUGAUAUCUUGGAAGUCCAAGAAACAGAGUAUCAUCUCAAGAUCAUCUGCUGAGGCUGAGUACAGAGCGAUGGCAGCCACUUGUUGUGACUAA